GGCACGUCGUACAUGAACUCUGACCUUUCGUGCGUAUGACGUCACGGCGUCCUGUUACUAUGGUUUCGGCUAAUGGAAACGUUAUACUGAAAAGAAAACUGACUACGGCGACAAAGUUUUAAGAUUUUAAAAAUGAAAACAGUCACUUCUUUAAGUGGAAAAGUUGAGACUGUAACAGUGAGGAGAACAGAAUCUGCAGAUGCCUUGGAGAUCAGUGGCCUGAUCUCUCCAUCUACAGUAGCUGUGUUCGGAAGAGUUAAUGUGCUCAAUCUGCUGGAGAGGGCUAAUUUUGCAAUCACUUUGAGCAACAGCAGAAAUGAAGUUCUUGCCCAUGCGGCCUUCCUCGACCACCCUAGCGUACACCUAGUGGACCAGGGCAGUUGGGAGCCAUGGUUUCAUGAGCAUUUCAGGACUGACAAAUGCACACCACUGAACUCGCUGUUCAUGCACCUUUUCGUGGCACAACCAGCCUUCGCUAUUGGGAGUGCUAAAGAGAUUGUGAGGACAGUAUUCAAUGCCAUAACUUACCUGCACUACAUUUUCCUGGUUACACCCAGCAUGGAUAUGCUUGAGCCAGUGCUGACUAAGAUCUUCGAGCCCAUUGAGGUCAUCCGGGCCCCUGAGCGCCAGUGUGCAGCAUUCGUGUGUCACAGGCAGCCUCACGUCCCGAUACUGCAUGUGCGCCGAGCCAGAGUUGAAGAUCAUGAUGACCUCACUGCAAUAUUAGCAGAGCGGAGUGGGGCACUCUCUGAUCGCUAUGGGCCCUACUUUUUGACUGAGCUCAUAGAAGCUCAGGAUGAGGACCAUCAAGCUGCAGUUUGCGAGAAUGAAGGUAUGCCAGUUGGCUUCAUGAGCGUGAGUGCCGACAUCAAUCUGAAGCUCCUUGACGAGUGCUUUGAACUUGGCCCAUUCGAUGGCCUUCGCCGGUGCACUCCACCAGGCCCGCAUGAGCCCACUGGUGUCUCUGCAGAGAGGCUGUUUCUGCAGGAGCCCAACCCCCAGAAUCAUCCUAACCGAGAGGCACAGACAAAUGCCACAAAGGCCCAUGUCUCAGAAGUUUACCAGGAUGCUCCAAACGCCUUCUGCAUCCAGCUCUUUUUUGUUGACAGGAAAUAUGAAAUGCGCUCUGUGGACUUCCUGCCGCACGUCUUCGGCUGCUUCCCAGACCAUGACUUCUGCAUCAUCACCGUGCCCAAGACGGCUCCCGAGCUCCCGCUGCUGCAGGCCUUCCUCCGCGUGGCCCCACGCGGCAACAGCGUCCUGCCUCACGAGCUGUACGUGUGUCACCGCUCAGGGCUGCUCAGGACCUUCCAGGUCAGGGUGGCCCUGUCCUCAGAUAGACCUGCCAUUGAGACCCUGCUGGAAACACUCACUCUCCAUGAGUCCAUCUUGGGGGACCUGGACAUGUUCUACCAGGCCCGGCGAGACCCAGACGGGACCCCUCUGCAGGCAUUCCUGGCUCACACCCAGGGUCAAGUUGUUGGGAUAAUAAUUAUCAGGAACGAGGAGGACCUUGAGUAUAUCCAAUCCCACUACGACGUCGAAAACUUCAUAUACUUCAGCUAUCACCGCCGUGAGGAGCAUGGACGGCUCUGCCACUUUGUCCUCAACCCCAUCUUCCAAUGCUAUGCCAGGCACUUCCUCAAGGAGGCGUUGCGACUGGGCCAGAAGUCCUGCCUCUACUAUCCCAUCUAUACCUGCAGUCAAAGUCCUGAGGAUGCAGCAUUCCCUGGAUCCUCUCCAGCUGUGGUGCUCAGCUGCAUGGUUCCGGUUCGGCCACGCCGGCAGAUCUUCUACCCCCUGGAGGAGCUCAGCGCCAAUGCACCUUCCAGGCAGAUUACCACGGAGCGGAUGCCAUAUGCAUUGUACCACUUUAACAGAAAACUGACGAUGGAGCCAAAAAUAACCAUCAACUCCAGGAUUGUGGUCGUUGGAGCAUCAGACACUGGGAUAUCCUUUCUGGAGGCACUGUGCUUCUGCUCACAUCUCCAGUUUAACAACCUGACGCUGAUUUCCACGCAUGGCUACCCCGGCUGCUACACUGAUGACAAUAUGGAGUUUCUUGCCACAAGUCACAGCUACAGCAGCAGGGACCACGCCCAGAUCUCGCUGCGCUCCUGGGUGAAUGUGGUGGAGGGCAAGAUGGUCGGUCUGGACAGGGUUUCCAAGCACGUCAGAGUGUCUGCCGGUCAGAAGGUGCCCUACGACCAGCUGGUCCUCUGCACUGGGCAGCAAUACCAGGUUCCCUGUCCCACCGCUGCAGCAGACAUCAGCCAGCCAGCUCCUAGCAGCCAGCUCAGCAGUCAGCCCAGGCAGAGGUACACGGGACCCAUACCCUCCAACCUUUUUACCCCCAACGACCCUACGGACUGCCAGAGGGCCUAUCGCUGGCUGCUGGCCAACUUCGUGGAACAGGAAGAUAACGCAGUGGUUUAUGGUAACACCAUAGACACCUACACCUGUGUGGAGGCACUGCUCCGCCUAGGGGUCAGCGGCUCUCGGAUCCACCUGGUCCAGCUGCCUGCUAACUCCCCUGUGUCCUGUUUUAACGACCCUGCGGUCGAGGAGGCUGUGGCAGAGGUGGUGACAGAGAAGGGGAUCACCAUCCACAGAAACGGUCAGCUGGCACAGAUUAAUGACGGACAGGACCCUCAGCCAAUCACAUUGCUGUCUUUCACAACUGACAGUGAUCCCCUCAGGCUGAAAUGUGCAGUUUUCAUGAACUUCUCCUGGAAAGCGGUGGAUUAUGAUGCAUUCAGGGUCAUUAAUGAUGCCGGUUUAGUGUAUGACAGUGGGCUGGUGAUCGAUACUGCCUUCCACACUAAUGACCCAUCUAUCUGGGCAGCUGGACCCCUCACUAAGUUUGCCCGGCGCCACCAUGCCGGAAAGUGGACACAUGCCAAUUUUAGCUCCAAAGAGGUGGGCGCCCAGCUGGCCGCUGCACUGCUACCUUUCUUUGACCCCACCCUGGAGCCUCUCGCCAGCCCCACCGAGGACCAGGACCGCCUCGUGCCCAUCUACACUAAAGCCAAGAUACAGGGUGGGAGGCUGCCAGCAGGAUACAGUUAUCUGCAUGCCUCAAAAGCGACCAUCUGUACUCCAUUAGCGACACAGAUGCUGUCAGACAAACAUGGCCGGGAGAUGGUAACUGGGACAGCAGGAGCUGGUAGUUACUUCCGUCUGUUUGUGAACCAGUACGGUGUGGUAGAAUCGAUCACUUGCCUCUCUCUGAAACCAAUCCCAGUCUCUAACUACCUCUACCUGUAUGGGAAGCACGAGCUGCUACUGAAUCGACUCUGUGAUCGCUUCAACGAGGGUCUGAUCCAGGAUUUCUACAGGUAUUUCGAAGAACCAUGGUGCCUAGCAAUUUUCCAUGACCGCUUUGCAGAUUUUGAAGAGGAGGUUCGGCAGAUUAUGGAAUCCACAAAGGUCCAGGGAGAAGAGGGUCUGCUUUCUAUUCCAGACCUAGUCCAAAGAAUAGCUGAUGAAAAGCUGUGGUUUUCAGGGGACCCCAUGAUGUAUCUCAAGAACGUGUUUGAGAAAACUGAUGGCUUUUCCAUGCUGAAGAGAAGCUUGUUGAAUUAUCUAAAGUACAACAGAUACCAUUUGACCAUGUAUGCUCAUGCAGGGUUCCUGUAGCAGGUUAAAUCAAUGCUAAAUGUGUUUUUUAUUUCUCAUGUUUUCAUGCAGAUAUGUCCUGCAUGUCAUAUGCAAUUAAUUAAUGUUGACCAGCUCUUAUCUGUAAUCUGAAAGCAAGUUUGUUUCGUAAUAAAACUUUAUGAUUUUAAAAUAGAAUUAGUGUUUAAAUAGCAUUACUGCUGCUGCUGCUAGUGUAACAGUUAUAGUAAAAAUGAACUAGUCAUCUAAAAUCUGUAUUAGAUUCAAAGGCAGAGGACAGCUGUUCAAGCUUGCUUGAGUAAAAUCUACAUUUAAUAAACAUUGCUGUCUAAAUCUG